UCUUCUCUCUCCUCUCCCAAACACUAUACCUCAAAACUCGUCCUAUAAAUAACGCCUCCAUUCUACCUUCCAUAGGCUUGAACACACAACCAACUUCUCACUUCUCUCUCCUCUUCUUAACUGCCUCAUUUUCUCUCUCCUCUCAAACAAACAAACAACAUUUCCAGUUACAGUAAUCAACGGAAUUUUCAACUCUAGAAAUGACUAGACCUUCGCUUGAACCUCCUCUUUCCCCUAAAUCCAGUAUCAAAUUCCUUUGCAGUUACGGCGGCAAGAUCCUUCCUCGUUAUCCUGAUGGCAAGCUCCGUUACAAUGGCGGCCAUACUCGUGUUCUCGCUGUUCCUCCCUCCAUCUCUUUCUCUGAAUUGAUGAAAAAGAUGGGAGAAUUAUGCGGUGAAUCAGUGAGUUUAAGGUGUCAACUACCAACAGAAGAUCUUGAUGCUUUGGUAUCCAUCAAAUCCGACGAAGAUCUCGCUAAUUUGAUCGAAGAAUACGACCGUAUUCCAUCAAAUUCUUCCAUGAAAGUUAGAGCUUUCCUUUCACCAAUUCGAUCAUCAAAAACAACAACAACAACAUCAAGUCUAUCACCUCCAGCUUCACUGAAAUUACUCUCGCCGAAAUCGCUUUCGCCAUCAUCUUCAUUCUCAGCUGCCGGAUCUUCUCCAAGAGUUGCUUCGCCAAGAGUUGUGCCACCAGUGAUGGCGUAUCCUGUCCGUUAUGCACAAUCUGCUAACAGAAAUUGCCAUCAUUGUUGCCGGAAUUCCAGCCAUGUUUACCUCAUUCAUAAUGGAAAUCAUUGGCAAUAGUAUUCAGUUUCAAUUGGAUUGGAAUUGUUGAAGAAGAACAAAGUUAUAGGAUAUUAUUUUUUUAUGAGAAUAUUCCAUAAAAAAAAAAAAAAGUAUAUAGUAUAGUAUAUACUUCGUAUAUCAGUAUAUUAUAUGAUGUAGUAUGAUGUAAGGAAAAAAAAAUUAUACUAUGAUGAUGACGACGAAAAGUAAUGAGAAUUGUUUUUGCGAAGUUUGGAUUGAGCCCAAAUUUUCUGUCAAAUCUUAACGCUGGGGCUUAUGGAGUACAACAGAAUAUCGUGAAUAUGUGAUGGAAAUGAAUCAAAGAUGAUUUCUUUUGGACGUAUUAUUGUGGGAGGAAGGAUAGAUGUGGUUGCUUAAAAUCCAUGCAUAUCAUAGCAUAGGUGUUAAUGGCUCCAAAUUUCGACUUCACCGGGGACCUCAUGGGCCCCAUAUCAAAAAGGCCCCAUCUAUUGGUGUUUUCAUUGAGCAGGGGAAAAUGCUUAAAGGCCCCAUUACAGCUGGUAGAGAAGAAUAAUAUUGGAGUGGUGUGGCUUUCAGCAAUUUGGAUUAAUAUACUUAUUUUUGGCACCCAGUAAAAAGUGAUGAUGCUGGGAGCAAUUUAUUGUGCAAUGCUCGAAACAAGAGGUGAUUUCAGAGAAAUUGAUGGUAAUUGUUGUACAUCAUUAGUAUUAUCCAUUUAUCCUCCAAAGAUGACGUGGAAAGAAGGGCAUUUGAGGUGUUUUUUUGGGCGGUUGCCCCACCCUGAUCGGUUUUUCUCAGUCCACGUAAGACUUUUGGAUGUUCCUCCACCCCCCUUUCUGGACAAGUUGUUAGCUGAUUCACUUGAGCAGUUGCCAUCAAGAUGCGGCUGCCAAGCAAUAUCAUGUGUGGAUGGAUCUUCUAAUGGUGUUGCUGGGAAUGACUUGUUACCCUGGUAGUAGAUUAGGAGGGAAAUAAAAUGAAGUAGUUCACUUGCUAGAUUUGUUUGCAUAUUGGCAGAGGCUUCAUAUUAUUCCUAUAUAUUUUGAUGGUUAUGAAUGACCCGGAACAUGUGGAGGCAGAUCUUGCAACGUAUCCUGCCAAGCAAAAUUUGAGUUCUUCUGCCAGCUGAAAGCCCUACCAAAUAUUCCAGAGUGGUAACAUACUAACCUGAGUUUCUUAUUUACGGAGUAUUUUUUUGCAUCUCUGUUGUUUAUAUUGAAAUAAGGUUAUUUAAUUUUAUACAGGGAUUACACGUAGGUUAUUUUUUAUUUAUUUGCUGGUUCUUAAUUCAUUCUUUUACAAGGCUCAUUUUUGCAUUACUAGUGUUUUUUUUAUUGAGGUUAUGCACUUAUGAUAUGGCUUCAUUUGAGAUUGUAUGGCAGAUGAUAAAUUACCCUACUGUAUUUCGGAACUUUUAUGUUGUAUGCAAGCAUUGUGAAACUUAAUGGCAUUUGUUUGUGCAGCCUUAGGCUGUUGAUUUCCUUCC